AUGGGUAUUAACGGCCUUCUUGGCUUUCUUCGUCCUAUAACCAAGGACUCGUCUAUACAAGAGUAUACAGGGAAAUCGCUUGGAAUUGAUACGUCUUGUUAUCUUUACAAAGGCGCAUAUUCUUGUGCUACAGAACUGGCCCUUGGAAUACCAACGAAUAAGUAAGUACAUAUGUUUUACAACUCAAAAUCAUUAAAUAUUAAUGAGUGUCGCCGUAUGAAUAUUCUUGUUGCUCAUUGAAUGAGUCAUUGUGUAUUCAAAAUAUUCAAUUUCAAUGAGUGUGUGGAAUUGUGUUUUGUGUGAUACAAUAUAAAGAAGUAAGUCGUAUUUGUAUUUACUAGAUACAUCGACUACCUAGUUCAAGUUAUAAGGCUUCUGCAAGCCAGUGAUAUUAAGCCUAUUGCGGUGUUUGAUGGAAACAAACUACCAGCAAAAAGCAAUGUGAACCACUCUCGUGAAAGGUAUAGUUUCAAUAAUUUAUAUAAUAAUAAUAUUAGUCAUUGUGACCAAAACAUAUCUUUCUUCAUAUUGAUAUUCAGUAUUGUAUGUGUAAUGUUAUUUCUUAUAGUACAAGAAAAGAUACAUUAAGAAAGGGUAAAGCCCUCUGGUAUUCCAAUGACAAAACAGCAGCUGCUGGAUUCUUCCAAAAGGCCCUGAAAGUGACAUGGAAUAUGGUUUUAACCACAAUUGAGGUAUUCAAAUUAUAAAUUUUAUUAAUAGAAUGGGCAUUGGCAUAAAAAUGUAUGUUGAUUUGGUAAAAGAGGCGUUUAAGUCUGUUCUGUGCAUGUGCUAUUACCUAUGUGAGAUCCUGAUAUGAUCAGACAUAUGUAAACAAUGUUGAAAUUUGUUUCACUGUUGUUUCGACAUCUUCUAAAUCAGAAACUCUAUCAAUAUUUAUUUGCAGCAAACCAAAACACAUCGUAUUUUUUAAAUAUAGCGUGAAUGUAAACAAACUGACGUCAACCUGUUUGUUUACAUUUGGACUUGAACUCCAUGUGCUAUAAAUCACAUCAAGCACAUGCAAUGUCAAAUUUCCACACAUACCAUUAUUUUUUAAAAUUAAGCUUAAGUUUACUGAUAGUUAUUGACUACACUUAUAUUUUCAGACAUUAAAAAGUAUGGGAGUCGAAUAUGUUGUGGCUCCAUUUGAAGCAGAUGCCCAACUAACAUAUUUGGAAUCGCAGGGUCAUUUGAAUGCGAUUAUAACAGAAGAUUCCGACUUACUUGCAUUUGGUUGUAAAGAGGUAAUUAAUACUUUUUACAUUAUUGUGAUAUUAACCCAUUGAGCCCCAGUGCGUCCUACUUAUUUUUUUACUUAUCUAACGCCAGAUGAUUUUACUGAUCAAGGGGGAGGCUCUGCAGCUUAAUGGGUUAACCAAAAAAAUCUGAAAAUGUACCUAUUUAACCCAUUGAGCCGCAAUGCGCCCUACUUUUUUUUACUUUUCUAAUGCCAGACGAGUUUACUCGUCAAGGAGGAAUGCAGCUUAAUGGGUUAAUGAAAAAAUUAUAAAUGAAAAAAGUCUAAUGAGAAAAUUUUCAUUACUGUCAACUAAAAUUCUGGUAAAUUUUUUUUUUCCACACCCAACUUCAGGAUGUAUUUAUAAGGUUCAAUUAUUUUGAGGAAUUUUUUGAAUUUGAAUUAGUUUAAAGAAUUGUUAAUGUUUUUAAACCAGGUCAUAUACAAGUUGGAACUAAAUGGGACCUGCAAAGUCAUUAGACGGAUGGACAUUUGUAAAUUCAUGGGUGUCAAAGAUUUCAAAUUUGAACACUUCCGAUAUAUGUGCAUUAUUGCUGGAUGUGACUACCUCAAAAAUAUUAGUGGUAUUGGGAUCAAGAGGGCUCAUGCUUUUAUUCAGAGAUAUACAAGAGCAAAUUUAAAAAUCGAAAAGGUACAGUCUGUAUUAGAUAUUUUAUACAUAACUCAUAUGUUGUUUAUAAUAUUGUUAUAUCAAGGUGACUGUAUGAAAUGUUGCUUAAUUUAAUUUUAUUAUAAGAAUAGGAUAAAAUGUGUUAAGUUUAAUGCAUUUCUAAGUAAAAUGCUAACAUGUAGUUUAGUUUAGUUUAUAAUAACUUUAUUGCAUAGAAGUGCAAAUGGGACUCAAAUUAUGCAAUAACAGAUUUUUGUUUUAUAGGCAUUACCAGAAAUGGCAAAACUGAUUGGUGUCAGGACAAUCAGCAUACCCAAUGGUUACAUUUCUGCAUUUUCAGUUGCAAAUAACACGUUCUUGCAUCAGUAUGUGUUUGAUCCCAAAACUAGGAUUGAAUUAUCAUUGACACCCAUUCCACAACAUGACAUAAUUCCUAAUAAGGAUAAGUUUUACUUGUAUCCUUUACACAAAAUGAAUCGAAAUACUAAUAAAAUAUAUGUUGUGUGAUAUAUGAAAGAUGUAUGACAAUGUAUAAUAUGUUUAGGCAUUUCAGGGUCUUUUAUUGCAGAAUUUAGAUUGUUGUGUACUUAACAAUGAAAUAGAAAUGCAAAUAAUAUUGUUGAUCUUUGUAUUGGCAACAUAAAUAUUGAAACAGGUGAUAGAGUAAACAACUACUCAGUAGAGGAGUUGCAGGUAAAUAUCAUUAUUCUCUUUAUUAUUCAGGGCCCAAAUAUAGUACAUAUCAGGGGUACAUUAUACAAGAGGGGCGUAUCUAGGAUUUUUUGUACAGGAGUCAAAAAUUUUCAUUGCCGCAAAUAAAAUGUGAUGUGCCAAAUGACUGUUUCGCCCAAUGUCAGGGCUCAUCAGUAUGCCUAGGAAUACACAAAAUAUCACACAGCAAAUAGUGAAUUUGUGAUUCUGACACAGACAGCCCUUAUAAAAGGCCUAAAGGAGCAGACUGGUUUUAAGGUGCCAGCACCCGCCUUCACACCUUUGCUGCGGAGCAAAAGGAGUUUGGUUGGAAACAGAGACUAUAUGGGACACUUUAUAGAUGUGAAAUUGCUCAAUUUUCACACCAAUCCCAGUCAAUUCCAACCCUUUACCCCCCCCCCCCCACCUAAACUAAGUCCUAACCUAAAACCUAUUCCAAUAAUCCAACCAGACUUAUGUUUAUUCAGGUUUAACAUUUGCCAAAAAUUGCCAACACUGAUGUUCUGUUGGUUGAUGUGCCUUUUAUUUUAGACCCCUGGAAGUAUAUGGGGCGAAAUUGAAAGAACAGGAAAUCAAACAAUUGAAAACCAGGUUGAAGAUGGUGAGUCUUAGAUUGUAAUGCCACAUACCAGACAAGUUUGAUGUCUCAUUGUGAGAAAUGAAACUGCAUGGAAUUGGGAAAAAAUUUGCAUUUCAGGCAGUUGUCCAGUACAACAAGCUUCCCGAUAGUCUAACGAAAGAAACAUCUAUUAUAUAUAUAGCAUAUUUUUAGGCCAUCUAUAGACCUUAUUCAUAAAUCGUGAUCGAGGCCUCGUAUCCUAGGAAACGGGGAAAAACGCGGGAAAAUUGACAAAAUGUUUCUUUUGCUGUCGGCUAUGGCAGCUUUUUAUCGUCAAUAUUACGGCUUUUUUCGAAAAUAAUAUCUAUAAAACUGAGUUUGAAAGUUGAAAAAAAUACUUCUGAGAAAAUAUAACAUGAUAUUUAAAGCAAAAGAUGCUGGAGUCAAUCGAAAAAGGAAACCUUUGACUUUGUAUCAUUGUGGUAGUUUGUAUGGCCAAAACAAACAACCAACAAGGCUACAAAACGUCUAUGCAAUACCAAAAUCGUAAGAAAUAUGAAACUAUUGUUGAAGAAAAAAGAUUACAACUCACUCAGGUAAUGUAGCCUUCAUUUUUUAAACUUGUAAGCUGCUUGCAGAAUGUUAUCGAGCCACAGCCAUAGUUCAUAUUCCCCGUACGAAUCAAUAACAUUUGACGUUCUCUUGUGAUUUUUGACCUGUUGUUUUCUUUCAUGUUAAUUUCAAAUUCGAAAAAUUAUACUUUCAUUCCAUAGUUGUCUUGAUUUUUCACGGAAUAACCUUUAUAUUGACGUUAAAAUCUCAGUAGAAUGCUGUUUUUCGCUUCUGGAUAAACACUGUCGCUACGUUGUCAUUUUUUCCACACAAAAACGGGAGAAAAACCGGUCGCUUUUAUAAUAUACUUGUUUCCCGCUUUCGUUGUGGGCACAAAGUCUUAAAAAUACACACAAAAAUCGUUAUAAAUCGCAAAAAGCAACAAGAAACAAGCCGUUGAAGUCGAUAUAUAGCAUCUGAAUUUGGCUUGUCAAGCAGUUUUCGCUUGUUUUCCCGCGUUUUUUCCCCGUAUCCUAGGAUACGAGGCCUCGUCACGAUUUAUGAAUAAGGUCUAUAUAUAGCAUAUUUUUAGGCCAUCUUUAUUUGCUUUUUUACGGUGUUUAUUUUUUAUUUAAACCAGGCCCAGGUAUUUGAUUUAUAUUUGUAUUUUAUAGCAGCUACAUACAAGCUGACUAUAAUUAAUUAUUAUUAUAUGAUUUUAGAUGAUCCAAAUGAUGAAAACUUUACUGCCGACAUAUCUGUAUUAAGUCAAGACAGAGCCAGUGAACAAGUUGUCACAAGAGCUUCAACUCUGAAAUGCAAAGUUGUUGAAAGACUGGAGGAUUUUACUUGGACUAUUCCUUGCUUUCCAGUUAUGCAAAUUCCAUUCACAGCAGUGGUUUUUGAAAAGGAUGGUGAAUUGUAUAAUGGUUUAAUGAGUACCUGUGAUAUUAACGCUAUUGAUGUUAUAAAUGCAAACAUUGUGUGCUGGUGCAGUUGUGGCAUUGACAUCAACAAUAAAUCAUAUGUUGUAUUAUGGAAAUGGGAAGUGCAGGAAGAGUUACAAAGUGAUUGGGAAGACUUGGAAGAAACUGAAAGUGAGAUAUCAUAUAUUUCUGAAACAGAUCUGUCAAGUGAUGAAAGCCAAAAUCAUAUGCCAAUAAGUCAGGAUAAAGAGGGAAUGCCAGAUGUGACACAUACUCUUCCUUUUAAAGUUCUUGGCGUUGCCCAUUGUAAAAGUUAUCAGGAUCAUCUAGAAAAGGCUUGCGAGAAACUAGGUGAAGACAAGAAUUCAGUCACAGCUUGUAUUGUACCUGAACGUGAUAAUGAACAAGAUGCUGAAGCUAUUUGCGUGAUGAUAGACUAUGGUGAAGGCAAACAACGUGUUGGCUACAUUGCAAGAGAGUUCACCAAGUUCAUACAUCCUCUCUUAUGCAGUGACAGUAUAAUCAAUGUCAGUAUUGGGAAAAUUAAAUUUCAGACACUGUGGCUAAGAAUAGGAUUUUAUAUGAGUGUUCUUAUCACAAGGAAAGGUGAAUGGGAACGAUCUGUGGUUAAUGCAGCAAGAGAAGUCAAGCUGUAUUGA